GAUCGUAAACUAGCUGUAUUUCAGUGUCUAUUAGCAGCUUCCUUUUUAAAUUCAUAUCAUAGGUAGAGAGGAGAAUAAGGACUACACUUUUGUAAAACGAAAACGUUUUCAUCUUUCUUGGAUCAGGGGUUAUUAGCAUUUUGUGGAAAAGAAGUGAAACGCUUAUAUCUCACGAACCAUCCAAUAAAAGAGGCCCAAGCUGUGUGGUUGAUCAGUAUUCGGUAACAGCUGCAACCGUACAAAAGUAGAAGUCUCUAGCUAUCGUAGUUCUUGAGUUAGUUACAUGGGGGUNACUGUAGUACUUAUAGAAGAAAUAAAUAAUGAAAAACAACUCAUUCGAAUAAGCUAAACGAAGAAUAAUGUAACAUAUGUAGCUACUUUUUGAUUGAUAUUCGAUUGAAUUCAUUUAAAAGAAUUUUAUUUCAAAUGCUGUCUCUUAAAUAAGGGCAAGUAUUUUCUUGAUCACCAAAUCAAUUAAAGAAAAUAUAUAUACUAGAAGAUAUAUCAAUUUCUUUCAUUCAUAUAAAAGGCUUCUAUAUUCAACUGUCCAUCGAUAUGAUUAGAUAAGCAAUUUUUUAAAAGGAAAAUGUACAUGUAUAAAAAUUUGUUAUUAACAAAUAUUUUAUUGCUGAUUAGUUUAACUCAAAUAGAUGGUGGCGAUAAUACCGAUGGUGAUGCUUGCAAUUUUAAUAUUAAAUUUUUAGAUUCAGCAAAUGACGGUGGGUUGGACAUUUCAGAAGUUUUAUUCAACGCAAUAUCAGCAUCUAAAUCGAAUCUAAUUGAGGUUGUACCAAAUGCUCGUACACGUUAUCAAUAUCAAGCCAGAGCAAUAAUUCCAAUUAAUAACCCUCCAACUAUCGAUUGUUGGGUACAGUGGAAUCUUUGGUAUAAUUAUUGGUAUCCAUCUAUGCUAAGCUGGGCAAAUUAUUAUUGUAGACCGUAUCGUUCAUGUUGGUGUUGUAAUGGUGGUGGCUUAUGUAUCGCAUUUUUUGUUAAUUUUAAUAAUCCAAGAUGUUACGUAAUAGCAACUCAAUAUACCCAAAACCUAGCUGUACGUGUAUUUGUUGGAAAAAUAGCAGAACCACCACAAGAAGUGAAUAAGAAUGGUACCAACUAA